AUGACAACUAGAAAUCUCAAUAAAACCUGGAGAGACGUCAUAUUCGAGCAAUACCAAGCCGAUCUCGAGGCAGAUUCCCCCUUUCCAAUCCGUUACCUCAUCUUUGUCUACCAAUGGAAGAAGGAUAUCUUCAUCAGCAUCCCCAACAAGAUCGAAAUAAUGACCUUUCGCCGCGCUGUCCUGGACUUUGCACGCUCUAGAAAUAGAGAAGAAGAUCCCACUUUUAGCAACGAGCAUAUUUCAGUAUGGCCGCGGAAGACUUUUCGCGAACGUCAGGAAGAAGAGGCUGCAAAGGAGACUAAUGAGUCUGGGUUCUUGGGGUAG